UUCGGCGCUACAAAUCGAAAGAAAUCCCCGUAUAAACUAGAGAUCGGAGCCCAGAUCCAAUCCAUCGCCUGCGAAAUGAAACCAUGGGGGAGAAGCCAGAGAGACAGCGUCAAGAAGUCCAAGACCCGACCGGCGCCGCCGGUGGCCGCCCUCCCUGACCACCUCCUCGAACAAAUACUCCGCCGCCUCCCCGACAUGGCGUCACUCCUCAGCGCAGCCCUCGUCUGCAAGACCUGGGGCCGCCUGGCCUCCGACCCCGACGUCUUCCGCCGCUACCUUUCCCUCCGCAGCCCCCCACUCGUCGGCUUCAUCCUCACCGACCGCGCCGACAAGCCCACUCCCUUCUACGCCCCUGAUGUCCGCUUCGUCACGGCCUCACCGCCUCACCCCAAGCUGGCCGCCGCCGCGUCGGACGGCGAUUUCCACUUCGUACGCCGCCCCGCGAUCGACGACGGCAACCCACGCUACUGCAACGAGUGGCGCCUCCGAGGCUGCGACGGCGGCCUCCUCCUCCUCGCCAGGGGCCGCUAUGCGGAGGAGCUCGCCGUCUACGAUCCUCUCACGCGGAAAAUCAUAUACUUCACAAAACCUGACUUGCCGCACCGCUGGCACAACGCCCGCUAUGCCAUCAUCGCCGACGAGGCCGACGCCUCGUUCCGGGUCAUCGCCAUACAGCACGGCGAGGAGAUAACCGCCGACGUCUUCUCAUCCCAAACCGAGGAAUGGGCAACGAUUACUUGGACCACGAUUUGGUACGUAUUUUACUGCCCCUGCAAGGACGGUAUUGCCGCCGGCCAGUUCGUGUACUGGCGCGCGAACGCCAAACACGAGAAUAAAGAGGACAUACUGGUGCUCGACAUGAAAACCAUGGUGUGGUCGGUUAUCACCGCACCGUUCCCACCUGGCGAGUCAUACUGCAUCGCGGACAUGCCGGAGCACGGCGGGCUGUGCAUCGUGUCCAGCGAGGACCAAUGGGUGACGCUCUGGGUCCGUGAUAACAAUGGUGGAUGGGAAGUCAAGAAGGAGAUCUCUUUGCUGAAUCAGUUUGGGUACUUGAAGAAGCUUCGCCGUGACGAGUGGAUGAAAAGGGUGCGCAUCCUGGCGAUGAAGGCUGGCUAUGUCUACAUGGAGUUUUGGUCCAUAAGGAGGUCUAAUUCCUAUCUUCUUGUGCUCAAUAUUGAUACCAUCAAGCUGCAAAUUAUUCGCAACAAUGCGGAUAAGCCUUACAGAGGCGCCGCUUUUCCAUUCUUCAUGCGUUUGGCCCCAGAAGAUGACUUGAAGCUUCAAGAUGCUUGAUAACACGUAUGGUAGGUCAAGUUUCUUCUUCUACCUUUGAUGAGUCACUGUUUGAGUGGGAAAUCGAGGGCAUUAUCCACGCAUCCUUUUGAAAUUGAACUGCAGCUGCUGAUUGGUACCGUGUUUUCAUCUCGCAAGUAUGAAUUCAGACAUGCAGCCACAUGACUGUAUGUGGUCUGGUUUUGCAGAAUUUGCUUCCAUGUAAUCUGAAUUUAGUCCCUUUGUUUAGUUAUGAGACCUUUUUCUGAUGUUAGCUACAUGGAACUCCAACUGAGAUGGUUUAAUUCAGUCUCAAUCGUGCUUGUUAUGUAAACCAGUGUGUGAAAUCAUAAUUCAUAAGGGAAGUUGAGCUCUGUAUCUUUA